AUGAUAGGGUGGGACGACGUUUAUAAGCUGAUAGCAUCGAUGUUCCCGCUCUAUUUCGCGUUGAUCUUAGGCUAUGGCUCAGUGAAAUGGUGGCACUUGAUCAAACCCGACCAUUGUGGUGCGAUAAACCAGCUGAAUUGUUACUUCAUCAUGCCGCUUUUCACAUUCGACUUCGCAUCCCGAAUCAAUCCGUAUAAAAUGAACUUCCGUUUCCUGGUUGCAGAUGGGAUCUCGAAGUCUAUUGUUCUCGUAGUGAUUUUGUUAUGGGCUAAGUUUAGUUCAAAGGGAAACUAUCGUUGGUCGAUCACGAGCUUCUCGUUGUCGGCUUUCAAUAAUACACUUGUUGUUGGGGUGCCGCUGAUGCAUGCAAUGUACGGGCCGCUUGGGGAGAAUCUUGUGAUCCAGGCGUCGAUUUUGCAGUUGACAAUUUAUAUGAUAAUUUUGUUGGUGAUGUAUGCGUUUUGGAGCGUAAAUGAAUCGUUGGAUCAAGAAGUUGGACCGAAUGAUCAAUUGGAAACGGAUUUAGAAGGGAAUCCGAACGAGGAUUCGAUGACUAGAAGACCGUCUUUGUUGAUUGUUUUAAAAGUUGUCGGGAUAAAGCUCGCUAAGAACCCUAACACGUAUGCGAGCGUUCUUGCGGUUUCAUGGGCGUUUGUAGCGAAUCGGUGGGAUUUGAAAUUGCCGAGUAUCAUAUACGGAUCUGUAGAAAUUAUGUCGAGAGGCGGUGCAGGUCUGGCAAUGUAUAGUAUGGGGCUUGUCAUGGCAUUGCAGAAGAAGAUAAUCGAUUGCGGGUUGAACCUGACUGCAUUUGCGAUGCUACUAAGGUUUGUGGUCGCACCAACGAUGAUAGCCGUCAGUUCACUUGCCGUAGGUUUGCGAGGUGAUGUGCUUUGUAUGGCCAUAAUGCAAGCGGCUAUACCUCCAUCCAUCGCCUCUUUCGUGUUUGCCAAGGAAUAUGAACUCCAUGCAAACGUGCUCAGUACUGCGUAA